CUAACAAUUGAUGGAGAGAUAGUCAUCUGAAAGUAAAUGAAUGCCAAGCACUAGUUUCUCUAAUGGUAUACCUAUGGUAUAAAAGUAAGCUGUUCUACUCUACAGUCUAUCACAGUCUACAGUUUUGAUUAUUGAGUAUAUUAUUAUCAAUAAUAUAUAUAUCCUGUACAAUAAUGAAGAUUGCUGUCCUUCUUGUCAUUAGCUGCUUCAUUGCUGCUGCUUACAGUGAGAGUCUAAGACUUCCACCUCGACCUCCAAAGCAUGGAAAAGAUAACUUUGAUUUUGUCCCAAUGGAUGCUGAAGUUGAAUCAAAAAUUGGUGAAAUGAUUGAAAAUGAAGAUGAAACCGCCGAAGUUGAAGAGACUGGUCGAUACUUUUGGUCAGAUUACUGUAGGUGCUACAAGUACAGGGGCCAUAGGAGGCGCUGUCGCAUCUUCCGUUACAUAAUCAGGUGUUAUGCAUAUGGUAGAAAACUAUGCCUCUGUCGUAAGAGGUAUUGAACCUACGGGAUCCAAAUGAACUCGACUAACAAUAUUGAACUCAUCAUUAUUAAGCUGCUCUAAGCCUUUUUUGUAUAAUUAUGUUCAAGAUUAAAAGUUAUUAAAAUAAAAAAGUUUUGAUGCUU